UAACGCGAACGGUGAGAGGGAAAAACGGGAAGGCCUGAAAUUAAUUCGUUUAAUUCGGAGCCAGAUGGCUCCGAGUACUUGGAAUACGUUCGCAAUUAUACGCGUGUAAAUUUUUUCAACAAAUUAGGAAAAUCGAACCUCGUUAGAUCGGAGAAAAUUCCAUUAUAGAACGUCAAGGUUAAUGAUGCGCUAGUUUGCGGACCGCUGCGCCGGUCGCCGGUUUUAAUCAAUCUAGAAUUAGCAUCUCUUUCAGAUUACGAUACGCCGCUAUGUAACGUACAGUGGCGGAGGCAGAGAAACGGACAUUAAGAUGGAUAUGUCAGUUAAUAUUAGAACGAUCGUAGGUGGGGCGUGGCUGCCGCGAUUAUUAAAAAUUCACACGUAUCAACGAUCGAUCAGUCCUCUCAAAGUAGAGAAAGAAAAAAACAGAGAGGAAGAGGUCAACCGGCAGAAUGUGAAACGCGAUAACGAGAGAGCCUACGUAUUUAAUUGGACCUACGUAUAUACACGUGAAACGUCAUCGGUCACGGCCGGCUGCGCCUUGAAAAAAAAAAAAAAAAAUGCCGGACAUUCCAGCGGAGCGCUCGACCGUCCGUUAAACCGAACGAGGAGCGGAGAUUCAUCCACGGAGAAACGUAAACUUAAAAAAAGUCAUCGCCGUCGACAACAUAGUACAACAGCAGGAUCACGUUGAAUCUCGUCGUGCGUCACACGACGAGGUAUAUAAGUAUCUCUUUAUCGAUGCGCAGCGACACCGUCAGUUAAACGCAAUGAGCAAGAGUCGAGGCUUCCUGCUUUCCUCCCCGGCUUCUUAUUCGUCCUACCAGCGUCAAGCUUAGAUCGCGUCAGUCGCGUCACGUUGCUGCGAUCGUUGCGGUCGUUGCGGGCGCAGUUGCAGCAAGUUGCAGACGUUGCAGACGUUGCAGUCAGUUGCAGUUAGUUGCAGUUUGCAGUCGCGACGCGAUCGGAAUUGUACAUGUGCGCGCGCGCGCGCGCACUUCUCCGUUCUAUUUCGUUCUCUCGCGCUUUCCUUCUCUCUCGCACGCGCUUCGGGAAACGUGAACAGUGAGAACGAGUGGACGGCACGGGGUAGAUCGAUGGUGUGCGAUCGCGGCCGUCCUUACGCGACAUCGUGUCUCGUCCGGCUUCGUUGCGCGCGGCGAUCCGCAACGUCGGACGGAAGACGGAAGUGAUCGGCCGAGAAAAAUAAUCGGCGACGACGUGCAGCCUAAGCGCUGAAGGCUGAACUCGGCUGAAGGCUCUCGUGCGCCACCGGUUAGUUUGCGAUGUGUCUCAUCCACGUUUCUCCGUCGCGUUGCGACGCGCACUAAUUACCACGUUAAUUACCGCGUUGCCACGAUGAAUUGACACGUCUAUCGUCGACCAGUUGUUGAAAAACGUGGCGACGCACGUUUCGCGUAGCAGUGAAUACGACAAACGUAAACACGCACUGCUGCCUGUCUCGUGCGCGCGACAUUUCUUCUGAGUUCCUGACGCGUGUCAGGCAUUUCCACGACGAUAAACUAUCUAGCCAUGUCUAGCUAGAUGGACUAUGAGGGACUACGUUCGUCAGCUUUGACGUGGAAGGAUGUAGCGCGUGUCUUUAUGUCAGGUUAAAAUUGACGACAGUCGAUCCUAAAUUUUGCAAUGAGCUCGCAACCGAUUGUAGUGCCUGGUGGAGAGCAUCGUCUUCAGCCGGAAACUCAUUCUGUACCUGUUGGAAGUUCAGCAGACACCUACAAGACCAUGACACCGCCAAACGUCAGCAGAUCCCUAAGUCAACCAGCGGAUCGACAACUUCGAAGAAGCAGCGUCCAAGCACAGUCUACACCAUUACCUAAACUUCCAUCAACUGAGUCCCUUGCAACAAGCAUAAAUAUUACAGCCGGUGCACCUCCAGUUUCUCCAGGGAUCUCUGGUAUGGGCGAAGGUAAUCAAAAAAUGGAUAAUUCAUCAGACAAGUCGUUAGAUUCUUGUAAAUUAACGCGAAAGGAAUCGUAUAAGGCUCAAAGAAAGAAUUAUCGAAUGGAAAAGAAAAGAGUAGCCGAUGAACUUUUAAGUUCUUUCAAAGAUCCAACUGUUAUUGUUAUGAGUGAUUGGUUAAAAGUUCGCGGCACAUUGAAAAGUUGGACCAAGUUAUGGUGUAUUCUGAAACCUGGAUUAUUGCUGUUGUACAAAAGUCCAAAAACGAAGAGUAAUCAUUGGGUUGGAACGGUACUACUCAAUACAUGUCAAGUUAUAGAACGUCCGAGUAAAAAAGAUGGAUUUUGUUUUAAAUUAUUUCAUCCGUUGGAGCAAUCUAUAUGGGCUCCUCGAGGACCAGAAAAAGAAGCUAUUGGUAUAUAUUUUUUCUUUUUUUAUUCGUUUCUUAUCCUGCUUUUUGCACUAACAGUAUAUUUAAGUCGCUAUGCUCCAAGAACACCUACGACCCCUCAAAGACACUUGUUAUUUCAUUCACAAUCACUCUCACCCGCUAUAACUCGCGAUAGAAGCAUUUGUCCCUCACCUACUCCAAUGUUUCAACAUCUUUGUCACGCAGUUGCGUAUUGGGAAAAAUUUUUACUUGAUCGAUCUCCCACACCUGGCACAGAUCAGGAAAACAUUGCGUCUUCAAUUCCUAAUGAAGAAUCAGAUGGUGGUGAUGCUCAACCGUCUGGAUCUUCAUGUUUUGCUUCUGCAUUUCAUCCACCAGUUUCCCCAGCACAUCGCAUGAUUGUUCCUUCUAUACGUGUCUUAGAGUAUGAUACCCGUCAAGUAGUAACGCUAGAUCCUGUGUACCCCUCGCAUACAGACCUGGACGAUAUUAGUCAGCCGGAGAAUGGAGUAGUAGCUGAUGCUGAUGCUGAAAUCAGUGCCUCGGACAGUGAAUCUGAAGCAUCAGCCAAAGAAGAUCAAUCGGAGUCAAUCACCGAAACACCAUACGUAGCUAAUGAAAAUGAAAUUCUUGGAACGGCCGGUGAAGUCGUUACAGAAUUACAAGAAGAACAAAAGUCUCUGAUAUGGUUCUUAAUGAAACAAGUUCGUCCUGGCAUGGAUCUGUCUAAAGUUGUAUUGCCGACUUUCAUUCUGGAAUCACGGUCAUUUCUGGAAAAACUGGCCGAUUCAUAUUAUCAUGCCGAUUUAUUAUCUCAAGCAGUAUUAGAAGAUGAUGCAUUUACACGUAUGAAAGCCGUAGUGAAAUGGUAUUUAUCGGGAUUUUACAAAAAACCACAAGGCUUGAAAAAGCCAUACAAUCCGCUUUUGGGCGAAACAUUUCGCUGUUAUUGGCAACAUCCUAAUGGUUCAAGAACAUUCUAUUUAGCCGAACAAUUAUCGCAUCAUCCACCUAUCUCAGGAUUUUAUGUGACAAAUCGCCAAGAUGGAUUUACUAUUAGCGCUACUAUCAUUGCAAAAUCUAAAUUUUAUGGAAAUUCAACCUCUGCAGUUUUGGAUGGUAUCGCUAUAUUGACGAUGUUGCCGAGAGGUGAAGAUUAUACAAUGACAAUUCCUUAUGCACAUUGCAAAGGCAUUCUUAUGGGGACAUUAUCUAUGGAACUCGGUGGAAAAGUGAACAUAAUAUGCGAGAAGACCGGUUAUCACACAGAAUUAGAAUUUAAACUUAAACCGUUUCUUGGCGGUGCGGAAUUAAUGAAUCAAGUUGUGGGACGAAUACGCCUAGGAAAGGAAACUUUGGCUACUAUUAUGGGAUACUGGGAUGGAUUAAUUUUAAUAACAGAUAAACGGACAGGGCAAGAAAACAUUUUCUUCAAUCCUACUCCGGAAAUACGCAAAAAAAGAUUGAAAAAAUAUACUGUUCCUUUGGAACAUCAGGGAGCAUGGGAAAGUGAAAAAUUGUGGUUGGCUGUUACACAAGCUAUUAAUAGGGACGACCAGGUUGCCGCUACUGACGCUAAAACUCGACUCGAGGAAGCACAAAGAGAACGCGCUAAAGAACGAAAGAGUCUAAGACAAGAAUGGAUUCCAAAAUACUUCGUUCAAGAUAUUAUAACUGGAAAUUGGGUUUAUCGGCAUGCUGAUAUAAGACCAUGGGAUCCGAGAAACGAUGUAGUACAAUAUGAAGAAAAUUAUGUAGUGCGCACAAAGACCAGGCAUAAAACACCUAUUAUGCGUACUGGUAGUAUUGUUUCUACUGAACCCCAAUCACAGAUUCCAUUAUUACAAGCUGAAUCACGUUCCUCCUUAUCAGUGCUCAAAUCUUCUAAGAGGCAGCUAUCAAAUAAUAUGCCUUUAACAGAGGCUCAUGAUUCUGGAAGUUCAUCUGCGGAAGCACAUACGGAUUCUAGUCAAUCGUUAGGAAAAAGAAAACGUUCAACCACUAGGUUAAUAGACAUAAUGAAACAAGUUGAGCAUCAAAUGAUAGAACAUGGUGAGAAAUUGAAUCGUAUACAACAAAUUGUAGAACAAGUUGUAAGAAAGCAAAGAGAAUCUGGUGAACAGCAUCACAACAUAAAUAUGUUCAAGAGUUUCGUGGAUACUAUACUUAUUAUUGUUAUCGUUUUUUCUGUGCAAUAUUUUUUAAACAUAUGGUAUAAUGAUCCAACUAAAGAUUGAGGGAUUUUAAGGUUGUUCUCUCUUUAUCUUUUGUCACACUGUAUUUGAAUUGUAUGUAUCACUUGUCCUAUCUUCUAAAAUUCUUGCAGCGUGGUGUCGGUAUCUUAUGAUCACGGUGGAAUGAAUCGUUUUACGAAAGAAGUA